ACCGUCAACUGGUGCCUUGUCUGCUGAGCGGAACGCGGAGGGCGGAACGCAACUGUGCCAGUUCGGCGACACGUUUCACUCAGGCGCGGUCGCUACUCACGCUCACUAAUUACUAACGAGCGCUUGUCUCUGCUGUGCGGAUCGCUUCCUCAUUGCCUUCCACAUACCGGGUAACUGAACGCGUUUGUUACGGUCAUCAACUAAAGUUUUCGAACUAUUAGCAAACAUAAUUCAACCCUCACCUCAUAUACUCCAACCCAAUUCAAAUUCAUUCCAAAUAUCAAUCCAACUCCAUACCAACCAAUUUCAAUCUAAUCAAAUUCCAUAUCAGUGAUUUCUACUCAAAGUCUACUCAAAACUUGGAGCUGAAUCAUCCAAUAUACCUCAUUCAGAUUCACAUCCGUUUUGAUUGAUUUUGGCAGCUUCUGUAAAAGGAAUUCCAACUCAACUGAAGCUCGCAAUCCAUUGAUUUUGGCGAUUCCAGUGAAUAAAAUCCCACUAAAUUGAACCUUAUUGAAGCUACCAAACUUCAUUCAGACUCAAACUCGCAUGGAUUGAUUUCAACGGAUUCUGCAGUGAAACAUUCUGAUUACGGACCGGUACAUCUAUGGAGAAACCUGGGGAUCUACAGCGGAAUACCUCGGCUGGACAGAGAACUUCUUUCCUGAUCGAGGACAUUCUAUUUCGUCCCAAACCCGGUCAUGCUUUGCCACCAUCAGUUCAGAUCAGCAAUGGAAUGAACAGAAUGGCAGCUAGCCGAGCAACUGAGGUGUAUCCUCUCCUACCGCCAGCAAUGGCAGCCGCCUAUCUCACGUAUCCAGCUUCCUAUCUCCACAAGACCGACCCCUUCCUCUUCACAACUCCUGGUUUGCCGUUCGGAUCUCUGUUCAGUGGCACUUCGGCCGACUACGGCAGCAAACAUUGCCGUAGGAGGAAAGCGAGAACCGUAUUUUCUGAUCAUCAGCUUACAGGACUGGAAAAGCGAUUUGAAGCGCAACGCUAUCUGUCAACCCCCGAGAGAGUGGAGCUUGCCAAUGCUCUGCACCUAUCUGAAACGCAAGUGAAAACAUGGUUUCAAAAUAGAAGGAUGAAGCAUAAGAAGCAGCUGAGAAAAAUGGGUGAAGAUAAAACUUCCCAGUUGAACAAACCGGUAUCUUCAUCUCCUCCUGGCUUGGUACCCGAGAGACCAAUGGACUUCUCACAACGAUCAUCGUCAGUGGACUACAUGGGAGCUGGCAUGUACAACGCAUCAUCCCCGCGAGCGCGACGCUCGUCAAGUAGCGGCGAGGAGGCGUCAGACUCCGAGGACGAGAUCAUCGACAUUGUGGGCGAACCAGCAACAAGGUUCAGGACUUAGUCAUUUCACAGUGAUUCCAUUCAAAUCCCCAAAGGACUAUUCAUACUACAUUCCCAUCAGAAAUAUCGAGCAGAUAAUGGAACUCAAAAUUUUCCACUAACACUUCAGUCUGAAAUCGAAUGAACUUUGAUAACCUGGUCAUUUCCAUAAUAGAAUUUGACUUGCUUUUCGAGUUUCCAGUUAUAUAUUGCAUUUUCUGAAUUGGGAUUGCUGUUUUUUCAGCACUAAUGUGCAAAGCACAUUAACUUAAAAAUAAAUUCAGUAAGUAUACAAACAAUAAUUAAAUUAUUGUUGUAAAUUUUACAACAUUUCAAUAAUUGAUACAUGAAAUACAGUGAGCCUAUCCUAUUGUGAAAUCAUGCAGGAAAUUGCAUAUCAUCAAGUAAUAUAACCAAUUCAACCUAUUUAUUAAAAGUGAUAGUGUUAUAAGAAUAAUUAAUCUUUGUUUCUACUCACCUAUAUUCUCAGUUGUGGGAAAAAUUCGGUAAAAAAACUCAUCCUGAAAACAUUUAUUUAAUGAAAUUAAUUUGUAAAUAAUGUAAUUAUGGAGUGAUUAUUAGUGUUAUAAUCUUUGUUUCUACUCGCCGUUAUUCUCAGUCGUGGGAAAACUUAUCCUGGAAAAUGUAUCUGAUGAAAUUGAUUUGUAAAUAAUGUAAUAAUGGAGUAUUAUCUAUGUUCGAUUGUUCGUUGGUAUAGAAAGUCAACUCAAAAAUACUCAAUCAUUUUCCUAGUUCGAAAUCACAAGAAUGAAGCCUAAUGUCAAUUUCCUAAUACGUAUUCCGAAUGGUUUCGCUGUAUGAGUUUCAGAUGAAAAAUAGUUUAAAGUUUAAUCAUGUAAAUAUUACGGAAGCAAAUAAAUAUUAUAGAAACAAUGAAAAAAUGUCUAGUCCUAUUCUGCUCUGAGUUAUGAGUAGUUUUCUUGUGCCAAAUUAUCAUGUACUGUGAGACCUCAUUUGUAUAACUAGUCUGACUUCAUUACAUUCUAGUCAAGAUAAGUUGAUAAGAUUUUAAGAGUUAUAGUAGUAUAUUAGUAAAUCCUAUUAUUUCUGGAAGUAUUUUUUAUAAUUGUAUCAUUUCUAUUACUUGUGAAUGAUUUUGAUUAAUCGGAAAUCAGUGAGAUAUAUGAUUAUCUCCUGUUGUGGAACUUCAGUUUAAAUUCUCUAAUAUGUAAGAUUAGUCUGGUUGUUUACUCUUUACUAUGUACAAAACAAUGCAUUGUUCAUGAGAAAAAUUCAAAAACCAUUGUUAAUCUUGUUAAUAAAACUGGAUAAAUCCACCAA